CGCCUCUCCUAUCCCGUCUUGCUCUGCGGCGCGGGGGCAAGAUGGCUGCUGAGAAGCAGGUCCCUGGCGGCAGCGGCGGCGGUGGCAGUGGCAGCGGCGGUAGCGGCGGUGGACGUGGUGCCGGAGGGGAGGAAAAUAAAGAAAACGAACGCCCUUCGGCCGGAUCGAAGGCAAACAAAGAAUUUGGGGAUAGCCUGAGUUUGGAGAUUCUUCAGAUUAUUAAGGAAUCUCAGCAGCAGCAUGGUUUACGGCAUGGAGAUUUUCAGAGGUACAGGGGCUACUGUUCCCGUAGACAAAGACGUCUUCGAAAAACACUCAACUUCAAGAUGGGGAACAGACACAAAUUCACAGGGAAGAAAGUGACUGAAGAGCUUCUGACUGAUAAUAGAUACUUGCUUCUGGUUCUGAUGGAUGCUGAAAGAGCCUGGAGCUACGCCAUGCAGCUGAAACAGGAAGCCAACACUGAACCCCGAAAACGGUUUCACUUGUUAUCUCGCCUACGCAAAGCCGUGAAGCAUGCAGAGGAAUUGGAACGUUUGUGUGAGAGCAAUCGCGUGGACGCUAAGACCAAGUUAGAGGCUCAGGCUUACACAGCUUACCUCUCAGGAAUGCUGCGUUUUGAACAUCAAGAAUGGAAAGCUGCCAUUGAGGCUUUUAACAAAUGCAAAACUAUCUAUGAGAAGCUAGCCAGUGCUUUCACAGAGGAGCAGGCCGUGCUGUAUAACCAACGUGUGGAAGAGAUUUCACCCAACAUCCGCUAUUGUGCAUAUAAUAUUGGGGACCAGUCAGCCAUCAAUGAACUCAUGCAGAUGAGACUGAGAUCUGGGGGCACUGAGGGUCUCUUGGCUGAAAAAUUGGAGGCUUUGAUCACUCAGACUCGAGCCAAACAAGCAGCUACCAUGAGUGAAGUGGAGUGGAGAGGGAGAACGGUUCCAGUGAAGAUUGACAAAGUGCGCAUUUUCUUAUUGGGACUGGCUGAUAACGAAGCCGCUAUUGUCCAGGCUGAAAGCGAAGAAACCAAGGAGCGCCUGUUUGAAUCCAUGCUCAGCGAGUGUCGGGACGCCAUCCAGGUGGUUCGGGAGGAGCUCAAGCCUGAUCAGAAACAGAGAGAUUACAUCCUUGAAGGAGAGUCGGGGAAGGUGUCUAAUCUUCAAUACUUGCAUAGCUACCUGACUUAUAUCAAGCUGUCAACGGCAAUCAAGCGUAAUGAGAACAUGGCCAAAGGUCUGCAGAGGGCUCUGCUGCAGCAGCAGCCAGAGGAUGACAGCAAGCGCUCCCCCCGGCCCCAGGACCUGAUCCGGCUCUAUGACAUCAUCUUACAGAAUCUGGUGGAAUUGCUCCAGCUUCCUGGUUUAGAGGAAGACAAAGCCUUCCAGAAAGAGAUAGGCCUCAAGACUCUGGUGUUCAAAGCUUACAGGUAACGUCCCAUGGGGUAGGCAGAGUUUUCC